UACAUCAAAUCCUGACCACAGUUAAUGACAACGAUCGCGGCUACAGCACCACAGAUCACCAUGUGCUUUAGAAGUCCACAUGUUAUAUGCUUGUGGCUUGAGGACAAUUAUUAUUACCAUUGAUGACAGAUCAUCUUCUUUGAUGAAUGGUAAAAAUAUAUUACACAGCUUUGCAUAGAAAACUUAUGUAGGAUUUCUGCAGAAAUAGGGGAUGUUUGGAAUUCUGUGGUUAUGCGUCGUUCUUUCGACGUCUCGGGCCCAGGAUGUCGGAACGGUUAGAGAGUUAACGCCAAGGGAAGGGGAAUUAUGUGCAAGUGGUUUUUUUGAAUACGACACUGGUGACCUAGACGUUGAUUGCUGUAGAUAUAUGCAAUGCGAUACACUCUCAGAAGAAGGGAAGUACGCCACUAUACAAAAGUGUAUGUACCCCUUAGUUUGGAACAUUGAUAAAUGUUCCUGUGACUAUCGGCAUCUUGUAGGGGGCUGUGAGAACACACCCGAUUCAUGUUACGAUCCACUUCCAACAGUAACACCCUGUCCAGACGACUUACAAGAAAAUGAAUGUUGCCUGGAAUUGACUGGUUUGUCGUUCAUAAGAAAUGAGAAUGGCACCGGUUACAAGGUGAAAGGAGAUAAAUAUGAACAGCUCUGUCCAACCGGGGAACUAUUUGAUCUUGAAAAAUGCAUAUGUGUCCCGGGAGAAAAUACUAGAGAGCUGUGGCGAGGAGACUGCGUAUACUUUCCAUUUGAUGGCAACUUUGAUGACGUUCUGCAAGGUACAUACAUGAAUCCCGGGGAAGUCAGCUUUGGAGAUACAACACCAGGCGUAAUGGACAAUACGGCCUCCACUGGGCCAAGUGGAAUAGUUGCGCGUUUUUAUAAUUUGACACCAGCCACGGUGCCAUACUUCUCUAAAGUUGAGAUGGGAACCGAUGUCACAAUUAUGGCGUGGGUAUUCACAAAUAUAGUCAGGGGGAAUCUCUGGGAUAAUGGCGAUGGUGCCACUGGACAGGGCUCCACCAUAUUCUUCACAUUGGACGACUCAGAAUCUAAAAGACGGAAACGACAAUCGGAAGGAACAGGGAUGGUUGGGCAAGCGGGAGUGGGAGAACUGAAGUUGGAUGUAAUGCUUGCACAAAUCAAUCCAGUACCAUCAGACGGUGCUAGAAGUUCAGAUGAACCAACCCCACAGUGGUUCCAUUUGGCCAUGACAAUUAACCAGGACCAUGUUACUUUAUACUUUGAUGGUAUCCCCGUGGCACAGGG